AUGGAUUAUUCAACGGAGACCGAAGGCCUUAUUUUGGCUCAAACACAUCAGAGUUCUACUCGCAUUCUCACUCUAAAUCGUCCUAAUAAGCGAAACGCUUUAUGUCAGACCCUGAUCGACGAGUUAUUGCGACAGCUGGAGAUAGCCUCGGCAGAUCCGCACAUUCGAGCCAUCGUCAUCGCUGGUUCGGACGCCAUCUUUUCCGCUGGUGCGGACAUUAAAGAGAUCGCUCAAUUAGAUGGCGAGACUGCUCGGAGGAAACGGUAUCUUGAAGAUCUCUGUUAUGCAAUGAAACAGGUCCGGAAACCUAUUAUUGCGGCGGUCGAGGGUAAAGCUCUUGGUGGUGGAUUUGAGCUUGCAUUGAUGGUAUUCAAUAUCCCCCUCCAGAUGGUUUCCGACCUGACUGAAACACUCCUCAAGGCCGACUUUAUCGUCGCCUCAAUAGACGUGGAAUUUCGACUUCCUGAAAUAUCAAUCGGUCUGAUCCCUGGUGCCGGAGGAACACAGAGAGUGACCGCCGCUGUGGGCAAGUACAGGGCAAUGAACAUGAUUCUGCUCAACGAGCCACUUUAUGGACAGGAUGCCUAUCAGCUCGGCCUAGUUAGCAAACUGGUCGAACCAGCAAAGGCUUUGUCAGGGGCGCUGGAAAUUGCAGAGAAGCUGGCUUCUCAGAGUGCCUCCACCUUGAUGGUGGCAAAGGAGGCAAUAUGCAGAGCGGACGAAUUGCAGCAUGACCAUGAGUUUGAGCGGUCACUUUAUUAUGCCACCUUCGGGACCCGCGCCAUGGUAGAGGGAGUCAAUGCAUUCCUCGAGAAGCGUGCACCGGUGUGGAGUACGCCAUCUUAA